AUGUAGAAGACAAACUUUAAGAACCUAAAAGACUUACUACAAAAUAAGUAUGCCUAUUAAGAAGCAACAUCAAAUUCUCGUACUUCUUCCAUAGCUGAAGUCUUAUAGAAUCUCAAAAAAAAUAAAGAUUAGACUCCAGUCUCUAUCAUGAAGGAGGAGAUCAUCAAUUUUACUAAAGCUAUAGGUUUUGGCAUUUAAGCUCCAUCCUCUAAAUCAAAAUCUAAAGAGAAAUAAGCAUUGCCAAAGAGUAUUGACAAGUAAUCAAAUAAUUUUUGAUUUUAGAAAACCUAUAUUAAGCAAUGUAGCCCCAUAAUCAAAGGGUAAUAGUCGAAAAAAUAGUUCUUAGAGUAGAAAUACUUCUGCUCAUUCUAUUAUAAAUGAGAAGUAAGUUAAAUAAAUAUAUUAGCACAAAUCGAUCAAUUGCCAAAGACCCAAAAAUACCAAAAGGAUUUUAAACAGGAAGAUUAAGAGAAAGAUCAGAAAUGAAUUCAAUUUUGGAUUAAUAAAAAAUAAAAAUACUUAAUUAAUCAUAAGAUCAAUAAAAAUAGAAUCUCAAUAAUAGCAACGUAAGUAAAUAAGGAACCAUAGAUCUAGUCAACUUAUUAAAGCAAUAAUAAAAUCAAAAAUAAUAAUCAAUAAAUGAGACAAUAAAUGAAAGUAAAACAUUUGGAGAAGAGUUUUGUGGAUUAAAUAAAGGUCAUUUCAUAUAUAAUUAUGUGAUUGGAAAAGGAGGAUUUGGAAAAGUAUGGAAAGUAGAAUUAAAGAAAAAUAGAUAAAUGUUUGCUAUGAAAGAAAUGAUGAAAUCUAAAAUCAUUGCUAAAAGGAGUAUUAACUCUGUGAUGAAUGAAAAAGAAUUAUUAUCAUAAUUAAGACAUCCAUUCUUAGUUAAUAUGUGUUAUGCAUUUUAAGAUAGAGACAAUCUAUAUUUGAUUAUGGAUUUAUUGACAGGAGGAGAUUUAAGAUUCCAUAUAGGUAAAAUGAAGAGAUUUAAAGAACAUUAAACAAGUAUUUAUAUAAAAAAUAAUUUAGAAUUUUUUAUGGCAUGCAUUGUAAGUGGAUUAGAAUAUUUACAUAAUAAUAACAUUAUUCAUAGAGAUAUUAAACCAGAAAAUAUAGUACUAGAUAAACGAGUAAUAAUUAUAUAUUUAUUAAGGGUUAUGCUAGAAUAACAGAUCUAGGUAUUGCAAGAAAAGUUAGACCAGAUAAUUCUUAAGAUACAAGUGGUACUCCUGGAUAUAUGGGUAAUUACUAUUAAUAAAUUCCAUUUAGCACCUGAAGUUAUGUGUAGAUAAAAUCAUGGAAUUGCAGUUGAUUAUUUUGCUUUAGGAGUUAUUGCAUAUGAAUUUAUGAUUGGAAAAGUAAUCUUUUAUUUUUUAAUAUUAAAAAGAGACCAUACAAUGGAAAGUCAAGAAAGGAAAUUAGAGAUUAAAUUCUAGCUAAAUAGGCAUCUAUUAAAAAAGAAGAUUUACCAAAUGGUUGGUCUAUUGAAGCUAUGGAUUUUGUAAAUAAAGUAUAACUACAUUUAAAUUCUUAGUUAUUACAAAGAAAACCAUAAAAUAGAUUAGGAUUUAAUGGUCCUUCUGAAGUCAAGAAUCAUCCUUGGUUAAAAGGUGUACCUUGGGAAAAAUUGUAUAAUAAGACAAUUGAAGCACCUUAUCUUCCUAUUGUAUUUGUUAUUGUAAACAAUAGAAUGUUGAGGAUAUGUAUAGAUAAUAAAUAUCUGAUGAUGGAGAAGAAUCUUAAGAUGAAUUGAUAAAGGAAAAUUAAUUAUUAUUAAGGAAAAAUAGUGUUUAAAGUAUAAAAAUAAAAAAAUAAAUUUAGAUUUAUUUGCUGGUUAUGGAUAUGAUUGCAAUUAAGAUCCUACUUAUAAAGGAACUAGAAGUACAGCAUCAACACAUAAUACAAGUCAAUAGAAUGAAACAAUCAAAUUUUGA